AGUGACAUUGUGACGCCAUUGAGCGGCGACGCAGCAGAGCGCGCAUUGGGUUUUUUUAAGAGAUGAAUGUGAGGGGUUUUUUAUAACACCAUAAUAAUUAUUUUUAACAAUUUGGCCAACAGCCGGUUGAUUCAAAAUGAGCGAUGACACAGAUUCUCCUCCGGAGAGGGAAAUGAAAGAUUUUCAGUUUCGUCAGAUGAAGAAAAUCCGAGUGUUUGAGGCACCUGAGGAACUGCCAAAAGACAGAUCCAAUCUCCUCGCAAUUUCAAACAAGUUUGGAUUUACUUUUGUGGGGUUUGGUUCAACAUUAAAAGUUUUUCUAACACAAGACCUACUGGAUGUUGAUAAAUCUGAUGGCAAGCCCAAUGAAAUAAUUGAAGGAAUUGCUGCAGUAGCAGAGAUUGCUGUGGGACUUCUCGUACAUCACAUAGCCCUUAGCUGCGAUGAAGUGACUCUGUCAGUAUGUGGAGUUUCUGACGAAGUUUUGUCUCUGGCAUUUUAUGAUGUCCGUACCUUCAUUAAUAAGAACAGAGCCCAGAAGUUGCCAUUUGCAGUCCUACAGCCGACAGUGCAACCAAAUAUUUUGGUGCAGGAUCUUAGAUGGAACCCAGUUGCAGCAUCUAUGCUGGCAGUUUGCCUUUCUGAUGGCAGCCUGAUGAUUUUGGAUGUUGGCGAAACUGUUGUAGUGCAAGGAAGCCUGCCAAAUUCCACAGGCAUCACAAGCAUUUGCUGGAGUCCAAAAGGAAAACAAAUUGCUGCGGGAAAAAUGGAUGCCACAGUCUGUCAAUACAUACCAACCCUUGAAGAAAAGAAACGAAUUCCUUGUCCAAACUUCUACACCCCUGACAACCCUGUUAAAGUUCUGGACGUGUUGUGGUUGAGGACAUUUGUGUUUGCUGUGGUUUACGCUGCUGCAGAUGGUUCCCCUGAAACUCCACCAGAUCUUGUAGUGGUUUCGUUGCCUAAAAAGGAGGAGAAGAUGGAGACAAAAUAUCUUAACUUCUCUGACCCCGUUUAUGGCAACUGCACAGAGAGGCAGCAUCACUACUUUCUCAGCCAAAUAGAGGACUGGGACCUGUUUUUUGCAGCUUCAGCAGCUUCUCUUGAAGUCUGUCCCAUCGCUCGGCAAGACGAUAAGAACUGGGAAUUGUGGAUUCUUGAGGAUUCUAGUCGGGCAGAACUUCCAGUGACCGAAACCAGUGAAGAUACCUUUCCUCUUGGCUUGGCAAUAGACUUCACAAACCAACAGGACAUUCGCAUAUCUGAUGAAAAGACCUUACCUCCAGCACCUGUAAUGCUGGUGCUUUCUACACAUGGGUUACUCUGCCCAUUCUCAUUGCUAAACCUCAACCCUGGGAUGAAGCAACUGGUAUCUCCUCCAACGCCCUUAUCCUUGGACGGGGAAAGGCUGCCUAAACCAGGUGCAGCUAUAUCUCAGAAGGCUCCUCCAUCAAUUGCAUCUGCCUCAACAGCAAUUACAGCCUCUGUUACACCCUCUCCUCCUGCCCCUGCAAUGCCCCCUGCUGCACCCUUCAGCACUGCACCUGCCGCUCCUGUGUCAUCUUCAGGCUUCACAUUCUCAGUUCCUUCGACUUGUGCCACUUCUGCUCCCUCAGCUUUCUCACUUGGUGCAUCUACAGCCUUUGGUUCAGGGGCCCCAAGCUUUUCCUUUGUUUCCAAACCCCCUUCUGAAACGCCCUCAGCACUGUCAGCGUUCUCUUUUAGUACUCCCUCCACCAAACCUUUGGCCGCGACCACAUCUGCGCCUUCACCGCAGACUGUUGCUACACCGCCUGCUGUUAAACUCAAUCUUAAUGAAAGAUCUUCCUCACUAGAGACAACCAAUCCAGCCCCACAGCCAUUUUCAUUUAUAUCAUCUGCUCCUAAAACGAUUGUCUCUAACUCCAGUAACUUCAUGGCCCCUUCAGUGCCAGCCCCCAAACCUCCUGCAGUGUUGGCCCCAGUGCGGCCAGUCCAAACCAGUACACCUGCCACUGUUGUCCAGAAGCCUACGCCAACAGCACAACCCCCAGCUCAGACAUCACAGGGUCCAGUUAGUGUAAAAUCCUUGGAAAAGCAACUACAGCAAAAGAAAGACUCUGAUCCCAUCAUGGCUGGCAUUUUUGAGGAGAUUGCGCACUUUCAAAAAGAACUUGAUGACCUUAAAGCAAGAAGUGCAAAAGGAGACUUUAAGGUUGGCACCAAUGAAGAGAUGAAGGAACUGAGGAAGGAGUCUGAGAACAUGCACGUUUUUACUCUGGAGAUAAAAGAAUCCACCGAAUCACUGCAUGGUGAUAACGGCAUGCUGAAGACUACACUACUGGAAGGAUUUGCUGGAGCUGAGGAGGCCAAAGCACAGAGUGAACUGAGCAAAGACCGAAAUUACAGACAUCUUCUGUACAAGAGACCUCUAGAUCCACGCAGUGAUGAACAACUGAAGGAAAUCCGUCGGUUGUAUAAUUAUGUCAUGUUUGCUGUGGAAGAUGUCAACGAUGUCUUGGAUGUUGAAUGGGAGAAACAUUUGGAAAAGAAGAAAAAGCAAAAGCAUAUGGUUGUACCAGGACGUGAAAGCCUUUUCACCACAUUAUCUAACAAUCAGUACAUUAUAAACCAGCAGAAGAACAGACUGGAUCAGUUAGUUAAACAACUGACUUCACUGCAUCUCUAUAAUAAGUCACAAUCUAUAACAAGCAGCACGUCAGCUACUACAUCUAGUAUGGAUGGUGAGCUAGAAAAUUUAAGGGAUGCACUUUUAAAAGCUAAACUGGAAAGCUCCCCAAAAGACACACCUAAAACCCAAGCCGCCAAGAUCUCACCUGUGAAACAAUCUCAGCUGCGCAACUUCCUUUCAAAGGGUCAAAUGCCACCUGUCCGAUCAACUGCACCAGCCAAUCUUUCACGCUCGGCCUUCCUUUCACCAAAAUACUAUGAAGACCUGGAAGAUGUGAGCUCUACAUCCUCUGUGUCCCAGUACAUGGAUCCUAACCCACGUCACUUAGAGCUGGAGGAAGAGGAGGAGGAAGAGGAGGAACUGCAGCAGGCGUCUUUACCUGUUAUCCCUCCCACGCUGUCAACUCCCCGACACCCCACAGUUGUGAGGACACCCUCUAUUCAGCCAGGCUUUGGUGCCAUUCAGUCUACUCCUUUAGCCAAGCUUCAGUCUUUGCAGGGUAUGAGCUUUGGACUAAGCCCUAUCCCGAGUCCAGUCCCAAGUAAUAAGAUAAAUCUCAGUGGUGCUGAAAGUACUGCACUUGCCACAAAGACUGUCAAACAUCUCCCAGAGGGGCGGACUCCUGUCCCCAUGUCUGCCCAGCAGGCUGCAGGGACUGCAGCGAUGCGCAGACAAAUGGCCAUUCAAAAGCCAGCUGCGAGCAGUGCAACAUUGACAGAAUCAACUCUAAAGACUGUUCCUCAGGUUGUAAAUGUCCAAGAACUGAAAGACAAAGGACCUGUCCCAGUUUCUUCUGUCAUUGGCUCAUCAGUAUCUAAUCCAGUAGCUCAAGUGGUUCAGCAGGUUUUGACUGCUGUGCCCUCUAAUCAAGUUAAACGAAUACCGUCUCAAGUUUCCCAGAUUUCUACUGACAAUGCGGCUAGUCCACAGACGGGUUUUGUUUUUGGGAUGCCUACAACUACUUCUGCAGCAGAACAAAACAACAGUAAAGGGUUCUCCUUUACCUCAUCCUCCACACCCUUCAGUUUUACAUCUGGUGCACAAGGAUCUGGAAAUUCACAAGCAAAAGAAGCUACUAGUAAAUUCUCAUUUGGAAGUAACAAAGCUGUCUUUGGUUCGACAUCUGAGGAGCAGUUUUCUCUCACCCCAAAGUCCACGUCUCCUGCUUUUGGUAAUUCAUCGGCUCCAAGCACCACAGUGGAAUCAGUCAAACCGCCUUCCUCCUUAUCAGCCCUUCUCAAGGAGCCACAACACCCCAAGACGACAACCGGAGAUACACUGGGUGUCUUUACAGAUAUUCGUUUAGGUCAAGGUGAAGCUAAAGAUACUCUCAGUAAACCUGCUUUCAGCUUUGGUGAGGGUGGACUUGAAACUGGAAAGGGAGCUGCACAGUUUAAUUUUGGGGCGGCCAUUCAGAAGACAAUUGAAGAGUCUACUGGAACUGAGCAACCCAAGGACAGUCUGUUUAAGCCUCCAGAUUCCACCACAAAACAGGCUUUCUCUGUUGCCCAGUCAAGCUCUAUAUCUGCGCCCUCACCAACAUCGUUUGUUAGUCUUCUCUCAAAGCCUUCCCCUUCAGAGUCUUCAAGUGACCCUAAAGCUCCAGCCCCAGUCUCUGAGCCCACACAGCCCCCUGAGAAACCAGCUGAGGCACCAAACCUGGAACCUGCCAAGACUGCAGUGCCUGAACCCGAAACAACAGAAACAACCCAGGAGGCUGCAGCCACUGCUCCUGUCCCGGACAAUUCAGCACCUAGCCCUGCACCCCCUGCAGCAGAGGCCCUUCAGACCUCCGCUAGCCCUGCCCCAGAGCCCUCCUCUGCUGUGGCACUUCCCACUCCAGAUCCUGCUCCCAUAUCUGUGGCCCAAACCACACCCUCACAGACGAUUACUUCUGAAACACCUGGCUCUAUAUUCACCCAGCCUCUACCUGCUACCACAGACAGUACCACUGUGAUAGCUGCACCAGUCAUCAAUACUGUUGCCACUACAGCAACCACACCGACCCCCACUGCUGUAAUCACUGCCACCACCACGGCACCUGUUUCUGUGUUUGGGCAGCCUGCUGCCACACCCACCUCUUCAGCCGCCGCUGUGCCGUCAACCGCGGCACAGCCCACGGCUUUCACUUCGGCUGGAUUUGGUUCCGGAGUUGGCACAGGAUUUGGCGCUCCUGUGUUUGGCCAGGUCAGUGGCUUUGGUCAACCUGUCAGUAGCUCUGGAGCCUCUGGUGGCUUUUCAUUUGGCCAAACUUCAUUUGGUGCAAGUCCAAACACAAGUACAAGUGGUGGUCUUUUUGGAGUUUCUACAGCGAGCAAUGUGAGCUCCUUCUCCUUUGGAACUAGCAAUGCUAACACUUCUAGCAGUGUUAACACUGCUAGCAGCACAGGGACCGGGCUUUUUGGACAGAGCACAGCCACUCCAGUGUUUGGUCAGAGCUCAGGGUUUGGCCAGGCGUCUGUAUUUGGAAGCAACACGACAACGUCCUCCUCAUCAGGGUUCAGCUUUGCCCAACAAUCAGUGUUUGGUUCCAAUGCCACACCGGCUUUUGGCCAACAAACUAACACUGGCAGUGUUUUUGGACAGCAGCAACCCUCCACUGGCGGUUCCCUGUUCGGCUCCACGGGCAGCACCACUGGAUCCUCUGGUGGAGGCUUCUUCAGUGGACUUGGAGGCAAACCCAGUGAAGAUGCCGCCAAUAAGAACCCAUUUGGUUCUGCAGUUUCCACUGUAGCCUUUGGGCAACCUGCACAGACAGGGAACAACAGUCUGUUUGGGAACAGUGGAGCCAAGGGCUUUAGUUUUGGACAGUCUGCUUUUGGAGAGCAGAAAUCUACUGGGACUUUUUCUGCAGGAGGUGGAAGUGUGGCAGCACAAGGCUUCGGCUCCUUCGCUUCCCCAACAAAACCAGGUGGCUUUGGAAGUGCGCCCGUGUUUGGUAGUCCUCCUUCUUUUGGCGGUUCACCUGCGUUUGGCACUGGGGCAUCUUUUGGGACGGCUCCCUCUUUCAACAGCCCUCUGGGGUCAUCUGCUGGCAAAGUGUUUGGAGAAGGAACAGCUGCUUCAAGCAUGGGAGGAUUUGGCUUUGGCAGCUCUUCCAACGCCCCCACAUUCGGUGCACUUGCUAAUCAGAGUGCCCCUUCAUUCGGGGGUCUAACCCAGCAAGGGUCCACCUUUGGAACUCAGCCUAGCAGCUUCUCAGGCUUUGGGCAGCAGCAGCAGCAGCAGCAGCAGCAGCAGAGCGGAGGAUUUUCUGGAAACGCUUUUGGAUCUUCAAAUCAAUCAAAUUCAACAUUCAGUGGCUGGAGAUAGUUGGUUAUAAUUGACAAAGUUUUGUUAAGGCAAAUGUAUUUGUAUAGCACAUUUUAAAAACCACAGUUGACCAAAGUGCUGAUCGUGCAGCAGUGAAUCUCAAUGCACCUCAUGAAACGACGACACAUUGGGAGAUGCUGCGCUGUCACUGUUUGCUAUAAUUUGGCUCCUUGAAUUUUGAAAAACCUAACUUUUAAACUUGUUACUUAUGUUUUUCCUUCCACAAACUUGGUUGGUUUUUUUUGUGAAACUUACAGUGGAACAUGUAACAUUUUGGUUUGCAGUUUAAUUCAUGUGCCACUUAUUCGUCUGGAUCACAUACUUUAUUCUGGUUUAUAAGAUUCAAUGUAAAAAACUUGUUCUUUUCAUGCCAUGUUUCUUCAUGUUAAUGUAGAAAAAGUUGCCUAGAAUAAUUGUAUUUUAAUAAAAUGACAGCUUUAUAAACCC